AUGGACACUCAACGCAUCGCAAAAGAGCGCGAAAGCAUUGCCUACACGGCCCUUCCACUGAAUGACCCUACUCCCUUCGACUCUAUCUGCGCUAUUCCCUAUUCCGAUACUCCACUCAAAGCCGCGUCAAGUCCCGUCCCGCCCUCGUACAACGACGUCAGCGGCCCGGUUAUCAUAGACAAGGACGGGAAGCCACAAUUCCUCACACCGGAGCAAGAGGUCGAGCGCCAGCAUCGAUUGGAGACUGCGGUGCGCGAGAAGAUGCUGGGGUUACCACGCACAACGACUUUUGAAUGGCACCAGGGACCUUCAUCUUCGGUUUCUGAAGAAUUACAAUUACCACCCUACACGCCCAAAGAGGAAAAGGAAUGA